GUUCGGCUGCAGAGCCGCAGUUGUGUAGAGCUGAUCUGGAACCAGCCUGAGUGAUGAGCCUGUGUAAGUUCAUAAGUGCGAUCAUUACCAGGGGCUUGUUCGUCCUCGUCUCCCUGGCCGGGGUGUGGAGGGUGACAUGGGUGAAGAAAGAUCCGAACUACUGGCUCCUGACUUUCCUCUUUCUGCCGCUCGUCCUGGAAAUGAUCAUCACCCUGAAGAGGCGGAGGGGAGAAGACUACAAAUGGUUCUCUCCUCCGAUCUUUAUGUUCCUCAUCAGUAUCAUUCCAUCCAUCUGGCUCCUGGAGCUCGAACCCAAGGACAGCGAGACUCAGUGCAAAAAAGUUGACUCUGACAGCGUGCUCAGAACAUUCAUGACGAACGACACCCUCGGGAACUUCACAGACCUGGACUACCUGAAGCAGCGUAUCAACAAGACGUUGUCAUCUUUCUGCCCCAACGAAUGGAUCCUGGCUCUCCACCAGAUCCUGCUCAUCCUCCUCAUCGUGGGGAAGUGGCUGCUCCCCCUGGGGGGCGGAGUUACCCGCGACGAACUCUCGCAGCUUCUCCUGAUCUUCAUCGGCACGGCCGCGGACAUCCUUGAAUUUACGAGUGAGACGCUCACGGACGUCAAAGACACAGACAGUCGUGCGAUGGUCUACGUUAUUUUAGGUGUAUGGACUUGGAGCAUGUUGCAGUUCCCCUUACAUUUGUCCGUGGUGACCUCCAAGCCGGACAUGGAGAAUGAGCAGGGCGUCCAGGAGACUUCCCUCUUGACCAAACACAGCAGAGAUAUGUGGAGCAUCAUGGAGGCCUUGUUCAUCCAGGACGGACCCUUCCUGGUGGUCAGGCUCACCGUCAUGAUCUACUUCAAAGUCUUCCACCAGAUGUUGGGAUUCUUCGCCAUCAAAAACUUCCUGGUGGUCAUACUGAACCUGUACAGGCUGACUCUGAUAUACCAGGACUGCAGAACCUCCAGCAGAAGCAGGGACACCUAUCUCCCGUGAGUCUGCAAUGAGAUCAAGGGGAAGACGGGACGGAGAGACCUAAAGUUUUGCACUCACAGUUGAAGGGAAACAAGCUCAGGAUGAGAAAAAUCUGUGAAUAAUUAAAGCUGCUGCAAGCAGAGAACAGUUUCCUUACACUUGCGAUGGGAUGAAGCUGUCAAGUUGACUUCCCUCAACUUGAAGCUCACACUACACGUCAUUUACCCUCAAUUCUAAUGUAGCUGCUUUGACAGAAGAGCUGAUGCGACAUUGAAAUCAAAGAAAUCACCGGCAGAGGGUCAAGAAAGUUAAGGAGAAGAGGGAAGCAGAGCAUAACAGGAAAAGGAUGUGAGAGAUACCCUGAUAAGUUUACGUGUAAACAGAUUAUGCACAUUACUAAAGCAGCCAGCACAAUACAGUGUAAGAAUGAAGUCCCAGAGCACAACAGUCUGCUUAUCAACGCAACACUUCCAGUAAGUGAAGCCAAACUGCUGCUCGUACAAGGACUGGCCAGAUUUCUCACUGUGUGAUGCCCAGAGGACAGGAAGAGAGGAGGACAGAGAGACACAGUAUACUCAAUGACACUGAUGCUUUCUGGCUGUUGACAGAGACUGAGAUUGGAGAACAGUUUUCCUCCCCCAUUUAUUUACUUUCUGUGUAUUUACUUUUGCACAGAUAAAUAACAGCCCAUAAUGCAACACAUUCCAGAGUCCACUCGGCAAAUUCAGCUCAACGCGAUGUAACGUAUACGCCACACUGUCCAAAAACUGCUUACUUCCCUUCCCAGCCAGAUUUAAGUGCUCUGACCUUCACUACACUUUACUUAAAGGUCUUAUACUUGAAUUGAACACACAUAAAACCAAGGUUUUAAAGUAAUGAAAGAAAAAUACUGUCAUGUCUCUGCUUUUAAUCCAUUAUUGAAAAUGUCACAGAGUAUAAUGAAUACCUUUGACUACCUGACCAACUUAUCUGAAGUACUUUCCUGUCCUCUGUUGGAAAAUUGAAGUUGAAGCUGAUGAUGUGAUUUUCAGGUUUGCAUCUGUUUUUAAGCUUGAACCUCGUCAUUCUGCCCCUGUGAUGUUUACACUCAUCUUUACAUCCUGUGUGUUAAAGCUGGGUGGUCUCCUCUGACUCGAUUGGCUGUUAUAUCUUUUUAUUCACAAAGCUCUCAUUUGGAUUCUUCCUUCUUACGUUGCCUCUGUGAUAAUCUUUGGUCUUUAUUAUGAUCAAACCUCUUCCACAGUCCUGGCUGAGGACCACAGGUGACUAGGCCUUUUCUGUCGGGGCUCCUACUCUUUGGAACGAUUCGCCCUGAGGAGAUCUGUCUGAAAAACUCUUUAUCCUCUUUUAAAUCUCUCUGAAAGACGCGAUUCACAAGUGUCUUUUCGAAUCAUUUAUGUUUUAUAAUGUUUUAUAUUAUCAUAUUUGUACUUUUGAACUGUCUCCUAUUAUUUGCCUUCAAUGAUUUAAUGUUUAAUAAACACCACCCUUGUUUAAUUCUGUGUGUUACUUUUUAACUACUUUAAAAUAAUUGUGGAUCUUUGAAUGUUUUGUAUCUUUUAAGUCAUUUAUAUUGUUGCUCAUUAUUACUGUAAAUGAGGGUCAGCCCCUUAUAAUGUUAACCACUGACUUAAUAAGGGAAGUUAUAAGUCACUGCUCAUGUGGCUGGACUUGACAAAACCUAAAUAAAAUAGUACAAACCAUGGUAAGAA